AUGAGUUCAGAGUUCGGCGAAUCGGAGCACAUCCUGGCGACAAUGGCGGACGUGAAGGCAGAUUUGGGGGACAGCGCGAUAUAUCUGAAUGGAGGAAGCAUUAUCCACAAAAGUGACGCCUUGGACGAUAUAAUCUCGUCGCAAGAGGUUACGGUCGAAACUGCAGAUUACGGGAAAGGCAUGUUGCCUAUGAUAGUCGACGAUGUGGAGAUAGCCAUGGUGAACGAACUGCUACAAGAGGAGAAGGCCAGCGACGAACUGAGGGCGGGUUUGUCUUCCGCGUACGACCACGGAGCCGUGUCGAGUGACGAUGCGACCAACGUGCAAACGGUACGAUUUCUAGCGAGCAAUACGCCCAGGGGAGGCCGCCGUGGGCAACUAAGAUAUAGAGUCGUCGAUGAGUCGGAAGCUGAAAUCGGGAGCAGUGAUGGAAUGACAGGCAUUGUCGAGGGCACACAGGCAUCUCAGGUGGAUCCGCGGCAGCAGAUGCACUUCAUCCGGUACUUCAAGCGAGAAGGCAAGACGUUCAAAGUAUGGGAGUGCGGCAUCUGCCAGAAGCAAUUCCGACACCAGUAUACGCUUAUGCGCCACCUGCCCACGCAUACCGACGAAAGGAACUUCAAAUGCAAGGAGUGUGGCAAGGGCUUCCGGCAGAUGAGCACACUGGCGCAGCAUCAGGCCAUCCACAGUGACGCGCGGCCCUACGCAUGUGAGCUCUGUCGCAAGACCUUCAAUCGUGUCUCCACGCUUAUCUCACACCGCAAGACACACUCAGACCAGAAGCCACACCGCUGCCAUGUAUGUGGCAAGGGUUUCCACCAGAAAGGCAACCUGCGCAACCACGUCUUCACUCACACCAACGAGCGACCAUAUAAGUGUGAUGCGUGCGGAAAGGGAUUCAACCAGAUGUCAAACCUCAUGUGUCACAAGCAGAAGGCACAUGGACAGCGCAGUGCGAGGUCCCGGCAACGUCAGGCACAGCACCAGUCACAUCACCAACAGCACCAGCAACAGCUGUCAGAGCAGAACCACCAACAGAGGCUGCGCUGUCGAUUCUGUGAGAUGAUGCUUGGCCGCUAUGCAGACCUGCGUGCACAUGAAGAAAUAACGCAUGGUGUGCGACAGAUCGACCACGAUCGCUUUCAGGUGGUGGAUGCACUGAGCUACUCACAGCUGCUGGCAUCUGGCCGUGUGCAGCUGCUGCAGCCUCAGCCCCCACUGCAGCUGCAGGUACAGAGCCUACAGCAGCCACCUGCCACCUCCAUGGAGAACAAGGUGCUGCAUCCAGGGAAUAGCCAAAUGCAACCAGUCCCAUCUUCACCCUCAACGGCAGCAGUGUCAGCUACAGGGACAUCAGUGUCAUCACCAAACAAGCGAGGAGCAGGAUUGGCUCUGCUGCGAACACCAACGGGUGCAUCAGUAGUGUGUCGCUUGCUGCCUCAUGCAGGCCACAAGCAGGUAGUGCUUGCACCACUCACUUCCCGUGACAUCAAGACUGAGCUCUCACCAGAGCCAAGUGUGAACCAGGAAUGGAUGCUUGAUGUGGGAAGACAACAGGAGGCAAACUUCAGUGACUUUGGUCUGCAGCCCGUAAUGGAGGAUCAUGGUAUAAACCAUGGUUAUCACCCCAUUGAUAAUGGAGAUGUGGGAGUGGAUGAAUUACGUGCAGCAGAGCAACACAUCAUGCUCCAAACAAUAGAUGGAAAUGAUCAGUAGCUAGUCUAUGCUAUAUUACUUCAGAAAAAGUGUCUCUAGAAGUGUUCUAAUAUUCCAGUACACCUAGCAAGUGGUCACUUUCAUUCUCAUAGUUACUCAGAGACACUCAACUAUAGGUUAAUGUAAUGAAAGAAAGACAAUGUAGUUAUGUUUGAAACAAUUGCUUGGCUAAAGGCCUGUUUUCUAGUCGUGAGCACAUAACAGAAUAUAUAAGAUUUAUGUGAUGAACAGAUAUCAAAUUAUUUUGUACAGGGGUUGAGUUGUCAAAAAAGAAAAGAAGCAUGCUAUGGCAGGUGUAGGUUAAGAUGAAUAAAUAUACACUAUGGUGUGAAAAAUGUGGCUGACAGACAGUAUUCUGACAACAAAGGUGUUGCUACAUUUAAACUGCAUUAAUAGUUUGUAAUAAUGCAACUGUUUUAAGUGAGGAUAGGUAUACAGGUUUUCAUGUAUUACCUAUGGUUUAAGUUGAAAAUUUAUUAUAAUACUCAAAACUUGUUACUAACUUCGAAUAAUUUUUAGCUCAUAUUUUUUUAUUUUCAUUAUUAACUCAACUGCAUUUUCACACUAAAUAUAAUGCAUUUUUAUUUAUUAAUUUCUCAUUAUUUAAGUACAUCAGAAGCUUAGUGUUAUGCAAAGAGCUUGCUCAAGUCAACAGCAACUCAUAAACUCAUUUCAGUGGCUAUUUUCCUUGUCUUUCACAUUGAGUGAGGUGUAGAGAAAGUCAAUAUCUUUUGAGGACACUUUUCUCAUUGCAACUAUCACUCAGUAACAUUUAAUAUUCUGAGCAUUGUAGUACGAAAACAAAUUUUAAUUUUUAUCAGAACAUGUUUCUGCAAAAUUUUAAGCAUUAUUUACUUUUUAAAUUAAAUGUAUUUUAAAUGUUCAGCAAAGGUAUGACGUAAUGUUUUACACAGUUUUAUUAACAAAUUCCAAAGUUUUAUAUUUUAUUAAAUAUCUUUUAAUUGCUCUGUCCAAACCAGAUUUCUGGUACAAGAAAAACUAAAUUGCAGUUAAGGUUUUAAUUUUUUAAAUUUUACACAUAGUUAACAUUAUUUUUAAUAUACGUAUUGUUAUAAGAUGUAUAAAAGCCAAAAAUUUAUUGUUUUGUGGCUUUUGUUGUUGUUAAUGUACGUUACAUCAUCAGUAAUGAAAUUCAAGUGUAUUAAAGAAAAUUUUGAAGUCAACAUACAUAUUUCAUUCCAGUCAUCUUUGGUAUUUUAUAUUAAAAAACUGGAGCAAUGUGUCAAAUUGCUACAGUAGAAUCUUAAACUUCAACAUGGUUAGCAAGUUUAUCGUACUAAAACAGCACACAAAUUCUGGUGUUUUCCUUCUAAUUUAAGGAACAAUGUUAUAAUUGGCACACAAUUUCUAUCCAAAAAAUGCAGUUCCUUCCAGUAACAUAGCAGCUUUCAGUUUAUUACAAAAAAAAAUAUGUUUUCAUUUAAACAGCAAGAGUUCCUCUCUUGCUUCCUGCAUAACAAACAUGUCUGAUACUAAAUGAAAAUAAUAUAUAGCAACAUUGUUUUAAAUAAUCACUCACGCUACAAUUUUCUAAUAAAAUAACACACUGUACCCUCAUCCACAAUAUGAAGGAUACACCAGUACCGUGACUCUAACAAUAUACGUCUGGUCAGAUGUUACAUAUGUAUGAAUGAAUGCCAUAUUAGCCAUAUAUAUUACAACAUAUGGGUAUUUUAUAAUUUUUAUUUUAAUAUUAUCACAUCUGUUGUACUCACAGAAUAAAAACUGAAUGUUGUUAAGCUUUAUUUAGUAUAGCAUGUAAUAUACCUUUUUCUAAAAAUGACUGGUGCAGUUACAUUUGUAUAAAGUAAGAAUUCUGCAUUCUCAUUUAUUGUUUGUCACUGUGUUUUAUGUUUUGGUGUGAGUUGUUUGUUUGUUGUUAAUUUAUUAACCAUGGCAUGUUCAUUAGCCAAGGGAAUUAUUAAUUACUUAAUGUAAAACAUUUUUAAGAUUUGUUCACUUGUUGCUGUUUUGUAUUUUAAUGCAUAUUUUAAGAUGAAUAAAAUUUUUAUUUACUACCAGUUUCAAUAAAAGAAA